AUGAAAAAAAUUGAAUUUUUUCGACAUUUGUUUAUACAUGUAGUGAAAAAUAGAAAUAAAAUUCAAAAUGAAGACAAACCUUUGAAAUUAAAUUUUUCUUCUAAAGAGCUGAAGCAAAACAGCAUUAAUGUUGACGACUCCUUUAAGUGUAAUACUUGUUUCAAAUUAUUUAAUCAACAAUCUAAAUUCAGGGAACAUUUAAAAAUUCACAUUGCUAAAAAACGAUUCAAGUGUGACAUUUGUUAUAAAGGAUUUAAUCGAAAUUAUCACUUUCAAACUCAUUUAAUAAGUCACAGUGGAGAAAAACCAUACAAGUGUGACAUUUGUUAUAAAGGAUUUAUUUCAAAUAUCUACUUACAAGGUCAUUCAGCAAUUCACAGUGCUAAAAAACCAUUCAAUUGUGACAUUUGUUAUAAAGGAUUUACUCGAAAAGCCCAGUUACAAUAUCAUUUAGUAAUCCACUUAGCUGAAAAACCAUUUAAGUGUGACAUUUGUUAUAAAGGAUUUAAUCAAAAAUCUCACUUACAAAAUCAUUUAUUAAGUCACAGUGGUCAAAAACCAUACAAGUGUGACAUUUGUUGUAAAGGAUUUACUCAAAAAUCCCACUUACGAGAUCAUUUAGUAAUUCACAGUGCUGAAAAACCAUUUAAUUGUGGCAUUUGUUAUAAAGGAUUUAGUCAAAAAUCUUGCUUAAAGAGACAUUUAAUAAUUCACAGCGGUGAAAAACCAUUCAAUUGUGAUAUUUGUACUAGAAGAUUUAAACUAAAAUCCCAUUUAAAAAGUCAUUUAGUAAUUCACAGUAGCGAAAAACCAUUCAAAUGUGACAUUUGUUCCAAAGACUUUAAUAAUAAAUAUACCUUACAUAAACAUUUAACAAUUCACAGAGGUGGUGAGAAGUAA